AUGGCUGAUCAAGAAGUUUUGGUUUUAAGAGGUACCUUAGAAGGUCACAAUGGAUGGGUCACAUCGUUGGCUACUACCCCAGCACAACCAGAUUUAUUAUUGUCUGGUUCUAGAGAUAAGACUUUGAUUACUUGGAAAUUGACUGGAGGUGAGAACCAAUACGGUGUCCCAAAGAAGUCUUUCAGAGGUCAUUCUCAUAUCGUUCAAGAUGUCACCAUUUCUGCCGAUGGUGCUUACGCUUUAUCCGCUUCAUGGGAUAAAACUUUAAGAUUGUGGGACUUAGAAUCUGGUGAAUGUACUAAAAGAUUCGUUGGUCACAAGUCAGAUGUCUUAUCAGUCUCUAUUGCUAAGAACUUGAGACAAAUUGUCUCUGCCUCUCGUGAUAAGACUGUUAAGGUCUGGAAUACUAUCGGUGAAUGUAUGGAAACAUUGACUGGCCACAAUGACUGGGUCUCUGCAGUCAGAUUCUCCCCAGCUGACAACAGCUCUACUGUUAUCUCCGCUUCAUGGGAUAAGACCGUUAAGGUAAGUACUUUAUAA